GGAUGUAUUUAUAUCACGGACCAGUGAAUCUUGCAGCUAGCUUGCAUGCAAAUAAAACUCAUGCUGUUUCAGCCUUUUAUUACCUGAAUUGAAGAAGGUCCUACAUAAUACACAGAAUAUAUUCAUAACAAAUGUCCGCAUGUAGUCUUUGCAAACCAUGCCCGAUUUAAAGAGACAAUGUUUGACCACUUAAACAGGCGACUGUCUUCUGUAACGUUAGUACAUGUAGCUCUCUUGCUAACCUAGGCUAGAUACGUUAAAGCAACCAGCUAAGAAGAAACAUACAAAAUGCCAAACGCAACGACGCGUCCCAAGCGGUCAAGACGCAGUCGGCGGGCCCCAAGAGAAGAUUCCGCAAGGAAUGAAUUGGUGUCGCGAUCCUUGGAGAGUGCUCAGCAGUGCCUUUAUAAUCAAGACUAUGGCACGGCGUAUGUCCACUACCUCUUGGUCCUUAAUCUGGAGCCUCUGCUGAAAGAUUUUGCAAAGGAAUCUUUUAGGUUUACUCUUUUCAAAUGGGCAGAGGAGCUGGACUCACUGGGGCGGAUUCAGGAUCUUUUUGACUGCUAUGAGCAAGCUUUAGAGUUGUUCCCUGUGGACGAGGUCAUCCUGAAUAGUAUGGGGGAGCACCUCUUCAGAAUGGGCUUUAGAGACGAGGCUGCCGGCCAUUUCCACAAAGCGCUGAAACUGAGACCGGACUUCCCUGAGGCCAAAGAGAACUUCUACCGUGUGGCCAACUGGCUUGUGGAGCGGUGGCACUUCCUGAUGCUCAAUGACCGUGGGCGAAAUUACAAGUACCAGCUGGCCAUCCAGAAGGCAGUGCGUGGGGGCUGUAGUACUGUGCUUGACAUUGGUGCUGGCACGGGCAUACUAGGGAUGUGUGCUAAGAAGGCUGGAGCAGCUGAGGUGUACGCAUGUGAGCUGUCCAAGACCAUGUAUGAGCUGGCUUGUGAGGUGGUGGCUUCCAAUGACAUGGAAGGCAGCAUAAAAAUCCUCCACAUGAAGUCUCUGGAAAUGGAGAUUCCCAAAGACAUUCCCAAAAGGGUGUCAUUAGUUGUCACUGAGACUGUAGAUGCAGGGCUGUUCGGCGAAGGCAUCAUUGAGACUUUAAUUCAUGCCUGGAACCACCUCCUUCUGCCUCCUCAGAAUUCCCAGGAUUCCCCGACGAGCCCCUCGGAGACAGGCCGUGUCAUUCCUGCAGGAGCAACCGUCUUUGGAAUGGCGGUGCAGUGCCAGGAAAUCCGGCGACACCACAGGCUUUGUGUGUCUGCGGUGGGUGGCCUUGCUCUAGAUGCAGUGGGGGAGAUCCACAGCCCUGUGAGCUGUUCGGCAGAUGCAGAUGACUCCACUGAGCCCUACACCACUGAGAGGCUGAGCCGGCUGCCUGGAGGAUACACACCCCUCACCAGCCCGUUCCGAGCACUGGACAUCGAUUUCAACGACCCUCAGGAGUUGGAGGGCCUGUGCUCCAGAGAGGUAAGCCGGCUGAGUCUGACCGUGACCCAGGAGGGCGUGCUGGACGCCCUGGCUGUUUGGUUCCAGCUGCAUCUGGAUGAGGAGAACAGCCUGUCCACUGCCCCUCAGGAGAAGACGUGCUGGGAGCAGGCCAUCUACCCCAUCCAGGGCCCACAGGACUGUGCAGUAAAGCCUGGCGACCGGCUGCUGGUGGAGGUGUCGUGUAAGGAUGCGUACCUGCGCCUGUGCUGCGUGGCUGUGGUCAGGGACGGCUGUGUGCUCCGAUUGGACAGCUGGGAGGGAGGAGACGUCUGGGGCUCGGACUCGGCCUCCAACCCAGAGGUGGAGCUGUGCAGCGCUUUGGCCGGUCUGCAGACGGACCCCGAGGGGCCCCUGGAGGCCUUCAUGUUGGAGUGCUCAGAACUCGCUUUACUCAACAACACACAUUACCACCAGAACUUCCAGGCAGCUAUGAACAAACUACUGACUCGUCUCAAAGAGACCCGCAGCGGGUCACCGGUCACUGCCGAGGGCUCAGAACCACUGUACGUGCUGGACGUGAGUGAGGGCUUCUCCCUGAUCUCCCUCAUCGCCGCUCAGCUCGGUCUUCACCUAGCUGAUGGGUCUGAGUCAGGCUGCGGCCUGGUGCGGGCCUACAGCUCCGUGGAGAAGGAGCAGCACCAGACCAUCCUGCGCCUGCUGGCGCAGGGCAACGGAGUGCCCGUGGGGGCACUGGAGUUCUGGCUCAAUCACGUGGAGGAUGAUUCAGCUGUUCUUCAGAGGCCUACCACCGAGAAACUGUGGAGUGCCAUCGUGCUGGAUUGUGUAGAGACCUGUGGGCUGCUUAGACAGAAGCUUAUGGAGAAAGCCACGUUGGCCAGGUGUCUGCUGGAGGACGGUGGCCGUAUAUUCCCCGAGCGCAUCGUGAUCUACGGGCUGCUGGUGGAGUCCGACAUGCUGCUCCAGGAGAGUGCAGUCCAGGGCAGAGAGCCAACACUGGGCUUCAACAUCGCCCCCUUCAUCAACCAGUUCACAGUGCCUAUCCAUGUCUUUCUGGAUCUUUCUACUCUGGAGUGCACAUACCUCAGUGAGCCUGCAGAGCUCUUCACUCUAGAUCUCAUGAACACACACAACAAUUAUCCAGCCAGAGAAAUAAUGGUGCGGGUCACUGCCUCGGGCAGAGUGACCGCCAUCCCCUUCUGGUAUCAGAUUCACCUGGAUGAAGAGUGGAGCGUCAGCACCUUCAGUCAGGAGUCUCACUGGAAGCAGGCAGCUGUGGUGUUGCAGGACCCUCUGUGUGUGACCGCGGGGGACACGGUCAGGCUCACUAUUCAACUGCACAAGAGCAGCCUGUCCAUCAACGCCACCAAGGAGGAGGACGGACCCGUGGCCAUGGAGGCCAGCAGGGCUGAGGACGUCGUUGCCAUGGACACAGCAAAACAGGAGGGGGCUGCCGUAGCUGCCGUUAAGGUGGAGAGCUCUACUCUCACAUACUCACCCACAACAGGGGGAGCUGCUGUCACAGAUUCCUGUCGGCUAGAAGGGUUUUUCAUGAACUCAAUGCCUCCAAACACUUAAUCCUAGUCUUGACCCUACAGAUGAAUCAGGUCCAGGAGAUUUUACUGGAUAGAUCAAAGGAGCUACGUAGGACUACUGUUUGAAUGUUGUUGGACUAUGUAACUGAGGCUUAGACAUUUUGUGCAAAACAAAAAAAAAAAAAUAACAUUAGUGUCUUUUUUUGUAUUA